AUGAAUGAAUAUAACCUAAAUAUGAAUCUCUCCUCGGUGAAUUUCUCCUCCUGGAAAGCGGAGUCGGUGGUCAUUUCUUUGGGCUUUUCGGUCAUUUUCCUGGUCGGCACCGUGGGGAACUCUCUGGUCCUCGCGGUUCUGCUCCGCAACGGACAGAUGAACACCAAAACCACCAACAUGUUCAUCCUCAACCUCGGAGUAGCAGAUCUGGGUUUCAUUGUGUUCUGCGUGCCCUUCCAGGCCACCAUCUACACCCUGGAUGAGUGGGUGUUCGGUCCGGCGGUCUGUAAAGUCGUGCACUUCAUCAUUUUCCUCACCAUGUACGCGAGCAUCUUCACCCUGACAGCUGUUUCCCUGGACAGGUAUUUGGCCAUUUGCUACCCGCUCCGCUCCAGAGAGAUGAGAACACCAAAGAAUGCCCUGGCCUCCAUCUGCCUGGUCUGGGCCUUGGCCUUGGUUUUCUCGGCACCGUAUCUCAGCUACUACUCACAGAUCGACCUCGCUGGUACUGUGGUGUGUAUUCCUGGCUGGGAGUCCAAACCACGCCUCAUAAUGGACGUGUGCACCUUCAUCUUUGGCUACCUCCUCCCCGUGCUGGUUCUUGGCCUCACCUAUGCUCGCACCAUCCGAUACCUGUGGACCAGCGUGGACCCCGUGAAGGACAUGUCCGAGUCGAGGCGGUCCAAGCGGAAAGUCACCAAGAUGAUCAUCGUCGUCGCCGCUCUCUUCUGCCUCUGCUGGCUCCCCCAUCACCUGGUCAUCCUCUGCAUGUGGUUCGGACGCUUCCCGCUCAACCACGCCACCUACGUCCUCCGCAUCCUGUCCCACCUGGUGGCCUACACCAACUCCUGCCUCAACCCCAUCGUCUACGCGCUCGUCUCCAAGCACUUCCGCAAAGGCUUCAGGAAGGUGUUCAGCUGCUCGCUGAAGAGGAGGGAGGUCAACAAGGUGCACGUCGUCCAGGCGGUGAACACGGUCAGCAGCAUGGAGAUGUCCAACUGA